CGCCUUUGUUGAGGACGGCACGGCAAUGCGCCCGCUUGUCGAUUCAGUGGAGAUGCUUUUUGGCGAUCUACCUCGCGACAAGAAGGCGACCGGAACGCAGCACAUGGACUACGGCCGGGUCCUGGGCGUCCUGUCGUUUGUUGGCACCCUAGUGAGCAGCGCAGACGAAUCAGGCAAUCGGCCACUCCGAACUGCUGGCAUUUAUUGGCAAGUGCCAUGAAACGUUGGCACGGCUGCUGCUGCGCGAGCAAGAGCUGAUCGUACUCAGCCAGUUGCCAAAGAUCGUAAAGAACAUGCCGCAGCCGAUCCCCAACGGCUUGCUAGACCUGGUGCAGAAGAACGGGCGUAUUGUGGCCAAGGGCUCGUUGACAAUCACGCCGUUCACGCACUCUGAGGUCGAGCAGCACUUCAAGCGCCUGAUAUCGGCCACAUCGGAAAUUGGCCAGGCAACUGGCCAGAACAGCGCAUGCUCGAAUCGGCUGUUGGAGAUGAUGUGCGAGACUGCACCAAUGCUGGUCGAAGUGUUCUGUUCGCGGCUCGAUACCUUGGCGUUGGUCAGGAAGCUGGUGGGGGUCCUUACCGACCGGCUGCACCUGCAUACUGACAGGAAGCGCGUUAAUCCGAUGUGUGUCCGGGCAUACUACCGCUCAUUGCUGGCCAUCAACGAGAUGCACCGAGGAGUCGUCCUGACCCAUCUCUUGAGCAUGUUUGAAGAGCAGUUGGCUAAAGACGUCCUGAUCUCGCAGCGCGUCGUGCGCAUUGUCGAUCUGAUGGCGACGGCGGCCGAACAUCAAUAUAUGUUUGCCAGGAGCCCUGCUACAGUUGAAGACUUGGCAUCAGUGCGUCCGAUUAUCAGCGACCUGUGCAGCUGUCUGGGCGUGCACUGGCAGGCACUAUGGACUGCAUGUUUCCGCGAACCGGUGGCCACAGCAGCGCACAGCGAUAAUGAACUGACAACAUCGGAUGUGCCUGAGGAUGUAAAGAAGCAGCACAUGUGUGCCAGGCGGGCCCUCGUGCGCGCCAUGGCACAUAUGGCAGUCUCAGGAGCGCUAAGGGUUGCAGAUCAGCUGGUACUGGCCGAGCGCGCGCUGGACCAGCUCGCCAAGCUGCAAAGGACGCAGAAGCAAGACGACCUGGGCCUGGUUCGAAACCUAGUCAUGCUAACCAUAUGUCUAAUCAAGGGGGACCGCGGGCUGGAGCGCGUGGUGCUAGAAAAGAUCACGCAGGGUCUGCUGGAGGCGUCCGACACUGACAGCAGCGAUGGCCAAGAGAACUGCCAUGAUGCGAUAGAUGAGCUCGAGAAGCUCUUGGAGGGUGCUGCCGUGUCGAGCAGAGGUACCGAUGGCGAGCAGGCACUGGAGCUUGGCGAGCGCAUGCUGUGGCAGAACUCUGUGCGUCCGGCACCCAAGUACCCCCGCAGCGGGAUUGCCCUCAACCACGACCGGGCAUCCGACGCCUGGAAAUUUGUCAAGCCCGCGGCUGCCAAUGGAAAUACUGGCGGACAGCCUCUAUUGGUGCUCACACUGCUCUCGGUUGCGCAGUCAUCACCCUCGGGCAUGGCAUUGCUGGCACAGCUGAUCGAGGAGUUUUACGUUGAAAGCAUUCCAAGUGCGCCGCCUAUGCUGCUGGACGGGCGGCUACAGGGCGGCAAACUUCAGCUGCGGGCGGUAGAAAUGGAGCUGCUGUUGGACUGCCGCAACAACGCCAACCUCAACUGGACGAUCCUGGCAAUGUUGCGCGAUGCGCCGGCAGGGGCCCUGGCUGCGAAGCGCAUUGCCAGCGCACUGCUGAUUGCCUUGGCCGUGCUGUGGAACGGCACGCUGGGAGUACCUGCCACUAGACGGCCACGCGACCUUGAAUUCACAUGCACGUUUGUGGACGCAGUCGUGCGUGCGUAUGCCAGUGAUAGCAGGUGGCAGGAUAUGCAGCACCUGCCGAAGGUGUUCCGGGUCAUAAAGGGUGCUGAUCUGGCCCGUCUGCUGCACCAGUGUGUGUGGCGUGGCGUGGUGCACGACUUCCCAGGCGCGCGGGAAGACGCCGAUCAGCUGCUCAGCCAUGUGCUGCGCAAGUACAUUACGAAGACUGCAUCCAUGUUCCGCUUCUUCAAACACUGUGCAUGAGGCUCUCGCGUAUUCGCUUUUGUAGAAUAAAGGUCGUAUUG